AUUCGGAACGCUCAGAAAGUAAAGCGUCGGAAAUCGGGAGUUUGAAAGUAGUCUCAGUUCUGUUUGCGAGCGCGGCGGAACAGUCGUGUGACAAUCGCCCGAUAAACGAAAUUCAAGUGCCUGGCGUGGAUUGUGAUGUGCCUUGAGUGAGUGUUAAAAGUGCCUAAUAAAUAUUUAAACUCAUAUUUUUUAAUAAUUUUAAAAGCAGUGAUCUGAGUGCCAAUACGAUGGAGUUGAAGAGGCUGUCUAUAUGUAUGGCGUUGUUUUUGUUGGCGUACAUCGCACAAUGUUCAGAAGCCCGACACUCGAGGGAUCGUCGUGAAGUCGACGAUGUUCACUACGAGGACGUGCUGGCUGAUGAAGCGACUGACGAUGAAGCACAAAACGACGCUGAAGGCAAUGACGCUGAUGAAGAAGAAGAAACAGAUGCCAUUAUAUUGACUCAACCAACUAAUUACAACGCUACACUUGGGAAAGAUAUAAGAUUGGAGUGUAAAGUUUCACCAGCAGACGGUGUCGUUGUACAGUGGACGAGAAAUGAUGGCAAAUUUUUCAUAGGAACGCAGAAGCCAUUGGAUCAAAAUCUCACUUCUUACGGAAUCGAGAAUAGAUUUUCGAUCCCCGCGAAUUCAACUGACCUCUUGAUAAAAGAUGUCAAGAUGUACGACAGCGGCGCUUACAAGUGCGACAUAUUGCAAAUGAACCGUGCGAACAUUGAACACACCUUAGUUAUAUUCGAACCGCCUAAAAUUAUCAGGUUUACGGCAAGCGAUGAUGGUCAAAUCGCGGAAGGGACCGAUUUUCUGCUCACUUGCGAGGUCUCUGGAUCACCCCCUCCGCAAAUUGUUUGGUCAAGAGAUGGUGAAAAUGGGAACAAGCGUCUGGAAGAAAAGGAUGGAGAGUUCACCGUCAACUCCGUCUUUAUCAAGAACGCAAGGCGCGAGCAUUCCGGCAAAUACUACUGUUAUGCUUUCAAUGGAGUUGGUUCGAAUCAAGCUGAGGUCUAUAUCACAGUGAUAGGCAAACCCCGCGUUCAUGUCCAUAAGACUGUUGUGAAUUCCGCCAUCAAUGUCGAAGCUGUUUUGCAAUGCGCUGUGCACGAUGAGCCUACUUCCCACAUCCGUUGGUACAAGGACGGUCAACACAUCAAGGAGUCCUCAACCGAGUUCAGUAUCAGCACAAGGGGCCAACACUCCAACCUCACCGUUACCCCGGAUGACGACCAGGACUUCGGUACGUUCACUUGUGAGGCUGAAAAUGAAUUCGGUUCACACAAUAGAUCUAUCGACCUGGUCCAAAGUCCGGUAGUUGAACAACUUAAAGUUGAGGGACCGAGGCUAUCUUGGACCAUUCACUCACACCAGCCUGUCGAACAGAUUGAGAUUCAACUCAAAGAUAUGUCUGGGGAGGGUGAUUGGAGAACACUGAGUGUGCCAGUACCGCAAGGAAGGAACCAUGAAUAUGAUGUCGUGUAUACACUCGACGACCAACUACAGAGCGGAACGUACGAAGCAACGGUCAAAGUCAAGAACGAAAAAAGCUGGAGCGUACACACGGACAGCGCUUUAGUUGAAAUAGAAGCUCAGCCGGAGUAUAUUCAACACGCUUCAGUGUACCGAGACAGCGCGCAUUCCAUCACGUCCUCAUCUCUCGUCCUCGCCGCGUCGAUCAUGUAUCUCCUCGUGCGAAUGUAAAGUGAUGAAAUAGCUUAAUUAUUUAUUACUAGUAUCAAGUAUAAGACAAGUAUAUACAUUCGCUGUUUUGAUUAUUGUUCAUCAAAUCUGUCGAUGUUCGAACACCGCUUUUCGUAUAAAUGUUGGUGAUUAUAAAUUUUAUCGAAACAAAAAAAAAAAGAAAAGAAAAUCGUCGACAUAUGCAUUUUAACUUUUAACGUAUACUCAUUUUAGAGGCUUUUUGACGUUAAUAUUAAUUAAAAUUAUAUGCUUUUGUUUCGAUAUAGUAUAUGCAAAAAACGAAGUACAAAAUAUUCGAUAUGAAAAGUAACUUUUAAAAGACGUUUAUAACAAAAGCCAAGUUACUUAAAAAACCGCGAUGUUCUGAUUUUUAUUACGUUCAAUAUAAAUAAAUAAAUUAUGUAAUUAAAAUUAUCUAAAUAUCAUUGUAUUUAAUUAUUUUAUUGUAAAUAUUAUACAAUUAUGUUUUAAUUAAAUUAAUGAUUCAUUCGAUUGGUAAGUUUCGUUAAUUAAAAUUGUAUGUCCUUUUUAUUUUAAUGUAAACUUUCUCACAAAUAAAUAAUUUUAGUUUUAAUGUAUUAAAAAUAUAGGUAAUUAUUACCAAAGUGUAUUUAAGUUAAUCACAUUAAGUGUUACAGUUUUAUUUAAAUCGUAAUGAAUUGCUUUUUUUUUAAUGUUCACUCGGCCUCAGAUAAAAAAUAUUCAGCCUAAAAAGAAACGAAAAAUUUUAACAGCUGCCAUUUUUAAAUAUAAUAGUUGUUUAAACUAAUACCAGUUAUAUGUAGUUAUAAAUAAUGUGCCUAAUAUACAAUAGUUCCAGAAGGUGCUCUACCUUAUUAAUGUAAUUGUAAUCUUCCAGUUCACUGUAUUUUAAUGAAAAGACAUUGCGCUAUUAAAAAUCUUAAAAAAAAAGAAAACUUUUCAAGUUUCAAAGUAAUUUUACUUUGACAUCUGUCAAAAUAAAAGUUUUAGAACAGUUAAAAAAAAAUGGUUGACGUUGACAUUUAAAUGAAAGAUUUCUGACAGUUCAAUGACUUACCAGCUAGUCUAUAAUAUUAAAAUCGCUUUUUAAAUGAAUAAGUGAAUAUUUUGUUUAAGAUAUAAUUAAUAAUGUGGCGCUUUUAUAUAAACAUAGGUUUUUACAUUAUAAUAUCUUAUGUAGAAGAGAUUACAUUAAUUAUAUAAUAUAAAAGUACAAUUAACUGUAUAGAGAAACAAGAAUUAACAUGACUUAGUGGUUUUUUCAACAAAAAGUGAUACAUUCUUGUAUUCAUUCAUAAAGCAACGGUAAUUUUUUAAGUUUAUUGCUUUUUAAUAUCGCUAUUGUAAUAAUAUUUACGUAAUGAUUGAUGAACCAUUGAAAUAUUAUAAAAUCCGAUUUAAAAAUUACAAUUUAUACUUAUAUUGCAAAAUUAAUAACAUUUUUUUUUAUAAUUGCCAUAAUCCGAAAGCCCUAUAUUUAAUACCUUUGUUCUUACGUAACAUAAAAAAAAAAAUAUUCCGGUUAUGUUAAUUGUAAUGCAAAUAAUUUGUGAUUAUGUAACUGUACUAAUUAUAUUCACACCGUUGUACAUGUUGUACACAACUAGCUAUUUGUGCCUUCUAUUAGAAAAAACGGAAGGUGAUAUUUUUGAUCUUAAAUAAACGAUUAAUGUUUGUAAAUAAUUAUAUACAAGAAA